AUGGUCCACUUCCUGGACUCCAAAGGCAACAAGCCCACCUCCCAGAACUCCUGUACCCCUUGGGGCCCAAAGGGUGGACAUCAUCGGGCUGGGAUUGACGACUCCAAGAAGUGGGGAAUGUUUGUUUCUCAUCAAUCAGCUUUCAAGAUCUACUUCAAGAUCAACAAGCUACACUUGUGUAAGCCACUGAUCCGAGCCAUCGCAGCUCCAACCUGAAGGAUGAUUACCAGUAUGGCCCAGAGAGUCACCUACAAACACUACGUAGGCCGCAAGGCCAUGUUCGACAGCGACUACAAGCCAGCGAGGCAGUACCUGUCCUUCUUCCAGCAUGCCCACCGCUCCUGCCAGAGGAACAAACGCAUGAUCCUCAUCUACCUACUGCCUGUCAAGAUGUUGCUGGGUCACAUGCCUAAUCACCAGCUGCUCAGGAGAUAUGACCUCAUGCAGUUUGCCGACGUCACGAAAGCUGUGAGGUGAGGCAACCUGCUGCUGUUGAACGAGGCCUUGGCCAAGCAUGAAACCUUCUUCAUCCGCUGUGGCAUCUUCCUCAUCCUCGAACUCAAGAUCAUCACCUACCGGAACCUCUUCAAAAAGAAGUUACCAACUGCUGAAGACUCACCAGUUACCCUAGAUGCCUUCCGUGCUCUGAAAAUGAUGCAGGUGGAAGAGGUGGACAUUGACGAGGUGCAGUGUAUCCUGGCCAACCUAAUCUGUGAGGGUCACAUCAAGGGCUACAUCUCUCACCAGCACCAGAAACUGGUCGUCAGCAAGGCCAAUCCAUUCCCCCUGCUGUCAUCAUCUUCCUAAUCUACGUAUCCCAGAAUCCCUUCACCCAGAAACAGAAAUAUAUUUCCUUAUUAUUUAGGUUGCAUUUUAUUUGUCAUAUUUUUUACAUUUGAAUAAAAGUGUGUGUUUUUUUGUACUCCUUGUACCAGAUUUUUGUUUAUUAAGGAAGUGUGGAAGAUAAAUGAUUUACAUAAUUAUAGUACACGUUACAAUAUAA